AUGAUCGCUCGCUGGCACACAACUGAAGACAUCUGUGUUAUUCUAGACCAACAUGAGACUGAUGAAUCAGACGACAACAUUGAAGAUACAAUCAUCGAUACGGAUGUUAGUAAACGAAUAAUCAAAGAAAAUAACAAAGACGUUGUGGAAACUGUAACAACAACAACUAAAAAGGAAACAAUCAAGGUCAGUGAUCUUAAAAAGUUGAUCCGAACAACAAUCGAAACAAACGUCACUAAAGAACAUCCCGAUGGUUCGAAAGAUGUUCAGAAAAACGUUGAAGUUAAGACUGAAGAAAUUAUUUUAGAUUCUAGCAGUAAUUUAGAUAACAUUCUUAGUGAAUUUGUAAUUUGUGGUGAGCCUGAAGAAAGCGUCACAUCCAAAACAGAAGAAAUUAAACAAGAAACCUUUACCAUUAGACGUACAAUUGUCACAAGAGUAGUUAAAACAAAAUAUGCAAACAAACAAGGCGUACCCAAAAAACUUAAGACUGACACAACUAUUACUACCACGGACGAUUACCCUGAUGGAUCAUCUCGCACUAAAGUAGAUAGCAGUACAUCGCUGACAGAUAUUGAAGUAGAACCCGCAGAAAGCCUUGAGCUCCAAGGCAUGGUUUUAGUCGAAGACAAGUCAGUUGAAACUGAUCAGUGUGAAAAGAAUAUUACUAUUGAUGGAAAAAGUGCUAUGCAAAUUGUAACUACCACAACAACAAAGGAAAUUUUGAGUAAUAUUGAUAGAACUAAGAAAAAGCUUAAGACCACCGUUGAAACUGUUACAGAAACUAUGCUUCCCGACAGUACUACAGAAGUUACGAAGGAUGUCAAAGUUUCUGUAUCAGAUAUCGGAAUAGAUGCUGUAGAUGAAAGUCUCGAAGGCUUUGAAUCAAUUGGCAAACCCAUGGAAGACACCACUACAGAAACCGAAACAGUUACUGAAGACGGUGCGAUUAUUAAGAGAAAGACCACUAUUACUACAACUACACAGGAAUUCAUCAACACAGCUCGGACUGUUAAGCGUAUCAAAACGAUAAUCAGAACCGUAGUAGAAGAUGAGCAUCCAGAUGGUUCCGUCAUCAAGAAGACUAGCGAAAAAAUAACAUUAGCAGAUGAAAGUAUUGUAGAGGCCACAGAAGAUACUGAUGAAGCCGACGAUGCAAAGAUUGAAGAAAUUCUUAGCAAUCUUACUCCAUCAGAGCCUGAAAUCGCUGAAGAAGUUCAAACUGAAGAAAUCACUGAAAAUAAAAUCAUAAUACAGAGAACUAUUGUUACUAAGAUCAUUAAAACAAAGUACUCUGACAGCCGUGGUGUGCCACACAAGAUUAAAACAGAAACAGUUGUAACUACAAGUGAUAAAUAUCCUGACGGCACAAUAAAGACGACUGUAGAUACAAGUAUCACAAUUACAGACGUUAGCGUCGAAGAACAUCUAACAAAGCAAAAAGUACAACCUGAAGAAAGCAAAGUCACCAAACAGGAAGACAAACCUUCAAAACCAGUGGUUAACGGCGUUCAGGAAGAAAUAAUAGCUAAACAAAUAUCAGAUAAACCCAAAGAUGCUGAAGCAUCUCCCACGGAAGAGGAAACACCAAUACACGAUGAUGAAGUUUCGUCAGAAAGCAGCAAAGUAGAUGCCGCUCUAAAAGAAUUUCUUCCUGUAGGUGAACCUGAAGUAAGUGAAUCUAGCGAGUCCAUUGAUGUUAAAGAGAAAGAUAUAAUCAUCAAAAGGACCAUCGUAACUAAAAUAAUCAAAACGAAAUAUUCUGAUAAACAAGGCAAUCUCAGAAAACUGAAGACUGUUACGAUUCUCACCACAACUGACCAGUAUCCAGACGGUUCAGCUCGUACAAUAGUAGAAAGUAGCACUUCAGUUACCGACAUAGAAGUUGAAACUGCAGAUGAUGUUGAAGGCUUUGAUCCUGUUGGAGAGCCAAUCGAAGACACCACUACUGAAACUAAAACUGUAACUGAAGACGGUGUUAUUAUUAAAAGGAAAAUAACUAUUACUACAACUGUGCAAGAGUACACUAACGGAGAACAAAACAUUAAGCGAACUAAAACAACAGUAAGGACAGUAAUAGAAGAUGAACAUCCCGACGGUUCUGUUGUUACUAGAGCUAGUGAAAAGAUCUCAUUAGUAGAUGAAACUCUUAAGGCUCACGAACCUACUCCUGAGGAACAGGCUGAAAUGAAAAAGCUAGAAGCUGCACUUAAAGAUUUGUCGCCCUCAGGCGAACCUGAAGUAAGUGAAGAUACGGACAUCAAGGAAAUUAAGGAAGAUGGCAUUCAAAUAAAAAGAAUAAUUGUUACUAAAAUUGUCAAAACAAAAUAUAUGGACAGCCAACACGUUCUCAGGAAACUAAAAACAGUAAAAACUGUUACAACAACCGAUGAAUAUCCUGAUGGCGCUGCAAAGACAACUGUGGAUACUAGUACAUCAAUCUCUGAAAUCAAAGAAGACCAAAAAGAUAUUCCAAGUCAACAUAUAGCAGGCUAUGAGCAAGUUGGUGAUGUACAAAUUAACGUAGAAACUAAGCAUAAUUUGAUAUUAAGAGAAGGAAAAGAACUUCAACAAAUAAUCACAAUUAAGACAACAAAGGAAGUUCUUGAAUCACAAGACGGAAAGAAGAAAGUAAGAACUACUGUAGAAACUGAAAGUCAAAUUGGACUGCCUGACGGAAACACAGAAAUAACACGAGACAAAAAAGUAACACUUGACGAUUAUAAAUCAGAAACAUUCUACGAAAACCUUGUAGGAUACGUUGAAAUCGACAAACCAAAAGAAUCAGUGCAAACUGCUGAAGAUUCUAUCACAGAAAAUGGUAUCAAGAUCAUCAGGAAAACUACCGUCAUCACAACUACACAAGAAUUUGAAAACACUGUUACACGUUCUAGGAAAAUUAAAACAACAAUCAGGACUGAAACUGAAGAUGAAUAUCCUGAUGGCACUGUGAUCACCAAAAGAAGGUAA